AUGAAGUGCAGCACGCUAGCAAUCCUUGCGUCGGCCUUUCUGUUAGGCGGCGUCUUGAUCUCCGAUGUCGAGGCGCAGGUCUACCUGACCGCGACCGACGACGCCAACACGUCGAACGACACCAGCCGUGGUCCCUCGACGACCAACGACCGCGGUGACUUCCUUGAGAUCCGGAACUUCGCCAACGACGCUUCCGGUUCCACCACCCGUAAGAAGGUCGGCGUUUUCAAGUACGACAUCUCGUCGAUCGAUACGCGGCUCUUUCCGUUCGCCACAUUGACAGGAACCUUCGCCAACGGCCGUGACGGCAACGGAACGUUCAACGUCUACGGCCUGAACGACGGCGAACAGAACCUCGACAACGUCCCCGACGGCUCGGUCGGAGAAGCCAACUGGUCGGAGAGUUCGCUGCGGUACGAACACGGCCUUGGUUUCGACCCCACGGUAGCGACGACCGCCGCUGGCGAUCUCGGCAUCGACCUGACGGAGGUGAUGCUGCUCGGCACGAUUACUCUGAUCGACGGCGAACCGCUGCAAUCGAACACAACCGACCUCAAUCUUGACGCGUUCUUGGAUGCGGACACCAACGGCGUCGUCAGUUUCUUUCUCGCCGAUGAACGGGUCAACGAAGAGACCGGUUUGCCGAUCGGGACCGAGUGGCGUCUGACGGCCCGUGAGGCGUCGGCGGAGAACAGCCUGCGACUGGCCUUCACCCCGAUCCCCGGCGACACCGACCUGAGCGGCGUCGUCGAUCUGGCGGACCUCGACCCGAUCCGGACGAACUACAGCCUCGGCGGCCUUGCGUAUACCGACGGUGACCUCAACGGAGACGGCGACGUCACGUUCGCCGACUUCCGUCUCUGGAAGACGGGUUUCCUCGAUGCCGGCGGCUCGCUCGAGGGCGCCAAUCUUGGCUUCUUGUCCGUCCCCGAGCCGACCUCCGCUGCCCUGCUGAUGAUCGCCGCCGCCGCGUUUGCCGGUAGCCGCCAGCGUCGCGUUACCACUCCGAAGCUGCUGGCCGCGGCCGCUGGAUUGCUGGCCCUCCCUCUGCUGUGCCUGUCCGCCAACGCGGCGGUGGUCGCCACCGCCGACCCGGCCGACGGGUUCGGUGAGAGCCCGGCGAUUUUCACCGUCGAUCCGUAUGACACGGAGCAAUACUCGGGGAACGCGCAACGCGGUGUCGCCGGAGACCGCAGGUUGCGGCAGACCUUCCAAAACCCCGCGACGUUCAACGUCGGCGACAUCACGCUGGCCUUCAACGGCGAGUCCGGUGGCGUCACCGGGAUGACGGUCCGCAUCUAUGAGGUCGACGACGUGCUCGCCGGGGGCGAUGACCAGUUCUCGCCGGCGAACCUGUUCCGCGAACUAACCUACGACGGCGUUGUGCCCGAUUCGGCGACGCAUCUGCGGCUAUCGCUGACCG